AUGCAGAGAUCCAUUAGAUUAAAACGUGAACUUGAACGGCUUAAGCAAAAUCCAAUGGAUGGAAUUUGUUGUUAUCCAAAGUCAGAUAACUGUGAAAACCUUGUUGCAACAAUUAUUGGACCUCAUGGAAGUGCUUACAUUGGAGCUAUUUUUGAAUUAGAAAUUGAUAUACCUGAACAAUAUCCAUUUGAACCUCCUAGAGUUACUUUUAAGACACCUGUUUAUCAUCCAAACAUUGAUAAUAAUGGUCGUAUCUGUAUGGACUUAUUAAAUAUGCCACCUAAAGGUAGUUGGAAACCUACCAUCAGCUUGCAAAAUCUUUUGGAUGCUGUGCAGUGUCUUUUGGGGAAUCCAAAUCCUGAUGAUCCACUAAUGGCAGAUAUAGCUCAGGAAUAUAAAUUUAAUAAGGUGGAAUUUGAAAGGAAAGUGAGGAAGUUUAUAGAAGAAACUAAAACUAAACAUCUAUAAUUAUAUGAUAAGUGAAAUCUAUUUAUGAUAAAUUAUACCUCUGCAAAAUUUUUGA